GUGGCAAAUCGUUAACGUGGGUAGCUACACGCAGGUAGAAUGUACUUGUGUGAGACUCAGGGGAGAAAGGUAAACUGAUAAAGAACUUCGAGGAAUGAAAGUAACUUGUUGACAAAGUUAUUAUACGGGAUUAGCGAGUUAAUGAUCACAAUUAACGAUAGAAGCUCAUGUCUCCGAACAACCCCGCUAGUACAACUGUAUUAGCAACAGGUUUGCUUCUUUCUGGCACAGACCCUUUCCCACACCGCAGAGCGAUUGACUGGGGUUUGGUUGAAGAAAAUAAUUAGGUCGCUUGAAAGGCUACUUGUACUCCGUACCCCAGUAUGAUAUGAGAUCACUGCAUGGUUUCUACAGAAACCAGGGCUCCACUGUGGACGGUUGACAGGCAGCCAGUCUGGUGUUUUUCGCUGGGAUGGCUGCACAAGUGGAGGUGCCUACUGGGGAGGUGGGAAGGACAGGGGUUGGGGGGCGUCUUCGCCUAAGCCCUCUGGCUGACUCCAGCAACAAGAACCUGACGGAGGGACUCUCCAACACCCAGGGCACCCUCAUCAUCACACCAGAGCCGAGUAAGCCGGCCCCUGCACCCAAACCCAGGCUCACCCCUAAACCUUUUACUGUGGAGAAAAACCCCACCAUCCGGCCCAUAGUUGCUCCUAAGCCUAAUACCAAGCCCCAACCGGAGCCCACUCGCCGUACUUCUUUCAAACCCGACCCACCCAGUGCACCGAAACCUCAUCAGCCCAAUGUCUCCUGCAAACACAGACCAGUGCCGACCAACCCGUCACCUACCUACAGCAAAGCCUCUCCCAAGUUGAGCACAGGACAAACAGUCAAGCCGGUAGCCCAGCCCUUCAAACCUGCCCCUCCUCUAACCCUUGGGGACCCCAGCAAGCUCCCCGCCUCCCAACCGGUGGAACCUAAAAAGCAAUCUGCAGCAGGCUUGUCUCAGUCACAAGGCCCAAAGAAACCCUCCCCCGCGGAAUGGUCUGGAACCACCAAACAGGAGAAGGAAUGGAAGAAAACCGCAUCCACGGUCAGAGCUGGGGGAGCUUCCAUGACCAGAGCCAAGUCCCUGGGCUACCUCAAUCAGAUUGGGCUAGAGGAGGAGAAGAACCUAGAUGAAGACACCAAAGUCCAACUCCGACCCCAGUCUAAAGGCCCCAGGAACCGACCCGUUUCAGCCAUCUUCCUACCAUCUCCCACUCAGACCAAUUUGCCCAUCCCAGCGGCUCGUUGGGUAGCCAGACGGCCCCUUUCAGCCGACCUUACCGCCAAGUUUGAGUCGAUAGGCCUGUCUUUCCACCGCGGCCGGUCUGCCAACACCGACAGCAAGGAGAACAGUCCGGAAGAGGGGGCGCCGUUACGAAGGAGAGACAGGGAGAAGGGUGGAGAGGGCUGCACUGUUACGCCACCACCCAUGGACAGCGUGCCUUCAGCCCCAGCGCGGGGAGGUAAGAAGAAAACUGAGGAAGAGGAGGAGGAAGAGAACUGUGAGGGACGGGUUGGAGGCAGCAUUAAGAGACGGAUCAGUCUCUUGCUUGAUUGGUCAUCAUCUUCUCCUGUAGUUCCUCCUCGUGUUGCAGCCCAGGGGAUAGAGCCUCGCUCUCCAACCCAGCCAGUUCCAGAGGCAAAUGUGCAGCAGGGUGGUGUUAAACAGCGGAUCAGGAAGCUAACUGAAGAUACUGUUACACCACCAGCUCAGACACCAACUGUUAAACCGCCAUUCAAGCCGCGUCCUCUGCCCCCUGACUUGACCAAAAGGUUUGGCUCUGAGAGGUCCUCAGACCUCAGCAGUCCCUCCCCUAAAGAGGCGACAGACCGCUGUGAGAGUGACACUGAUCCUCAAAGGAGGGGGGAGGGCUCUGUCUUUGUCUUCAGUGAUCAAAGGAAGGUGGAUGAAGACGCCAAAGGGUCCCAAGAACAUCCCACCCAGAUAUUCUCUGACCCCUCAGCCGGAAGUACUGAAGCAGGCUGGGGGAUGGAGACCGAAGCCCAGGAGAGCCCCUGGGGCAGUGGGGUGCAGACCGUGAGAGCAGCCCUGUUUGACAACGUGGUAGAGAGACGCAGUGUGCUGGUGAUGGAGGAGGAGAGGCCUCAGAGUGCCACAAAGGGCUGUCCCAAGAGGUCCGUUUCCCUCAAAUUAGGGGACGCAGAGAACGACAGCAGCAGCAGCUUGGUCACCGCCACCUACCGCAAGCCCCUGUCUCCCUCCAGUCCCCUGUCUCCCUCCAGUCCCCUGUCUCCCUCCAGUCCCCUGUCUCCCCCCAGUCCGCUCCGCGUGGAGCAUUCCUUUGACACUGUGCAGGCGGUGGGGGAGAGGAGAGCCGUCAGCGAGCGUGUCCCCUCGGCUCAGCUGGAAGACAAGGCCAUGACCCUCCGCUCCAGACGUAACAGGCUGGCCAGAGCUGAGCCGCUGGAGGAGAGACCUGCUCCGAUCCAAAGAGACGUCAGUGGGCCUCCGGGGGGAGGAGCCCCUGGCUCACAACAGGAGCAGACGCCACGUUACCUGAGGGUUGGUGCUCUGCAGAAGUGGAAUACUGAUCAGGUGGACAGGGAGGCAGAGCUAGAGAGAGCAAUGCAAAAAGAAACGGAAAAGGAGAGACAAAUGGAACGCGAGAGAAAGGGGGAGGUAUAUGAGAGCCAGGGAGAGGCGGAGAGUAGGUUGGUCAUGGAAGUGGACAGGGAGAAGCAGAGGGAGCUAGAGAGGGAGGAGGUGGCAGCACCUAAACGUUUGAAAAUGCUUGAGGAAGAUGAGCAGCCACCCAAACCCAGAGCCACCUACUUUGCUCUGACUGGUCAGAUACAUGGUCAUGAAGAGAGAGGGGACAUGGAAGGUCCUGUUGAGGAUGUCUUUGUAAACUCUGGACAUUGGGGCUCUCAGGGGAAGAUCUUACAUGUACGAAGGAACCCCUCACUAGAUGAGGCAUUUGGGAAAAGCCUACAUGGUCAAGAACCAGAGGAAGAGCUGAUGAAGAGGAACCAAAGGGAGAAAGGAAAUUCAGGGGGCAAACAGGCUGGAAUGGAGGCGAUGGAAAUAAAAAGACAGAAGCAAAAACACUUUGAAAAAGUACAAGAUUUGAAGAAGGAGAAAGAUUGGCAAAGGGGGGGAGAGUAUUUUGGGAGGGAGAAACAGCGACAGCUGGAAAUGGAGGGACAGCAACAGAGAGAGUUAGAAAGAGGGGGACAAAAUCAGUUGAAUGAAGAGAAAAAAAGAGAGUUUGAAAGACAACAAGAGCUGGAGUUGACGAGACAAAGAGAAUUGGAGAGGGAGAGGCAGCGAGAGUUGGAGAGGGAGAGGCAGCGAGAGUUGGAGAAGGAACAGAGGCAGCGAGAGUUGGAGAAGGAACAGAGGCAGCGAGAGUUGGAGAAGGAACAGAGGCAGCGAGAGUUGGAAAAGGAACAGAGGCAGCGAGAGUUGGAAAAGGAACAGAGGCAGCGAGAGUUGGAGAAGGAACAGAGGCAGCGAGAGUUGGAGAUGGAACAGAGGCAGCGAGAGUUGGAGAUGGAACAGAGGCAGCGAGAGUUGGAGAUGGAACAGAGGCAGCGAGCGUUGGAGAGGGAGAGGCAGAGGCAGCGAGAGUUGGAGAAGGAACAGAGGCAGCGAGAGUUGGAGAAGGAACAGAGGCAGCGAGAGUUGGAGAAGGAACAGAGGCAGCGAGAGUUGGAGAUGGAACAGAGGCAGCGAGAGUUGGAGAGGGAGAGACAGAGGCAGCGAGAGUUGGGGGAGAGGCAGCGAGAGUUGGAGAAGGGGGAGAGGCAGCGAGAGUUGGAGAAGGGGGAGAGGCAGCGAGAGUUGGAGAAGGGGGAGAGGCAGCGAGAGUUGGAGAAGGAACAGAGGCAGCGAGAGUUGGAGAAGGAACAGAGGCAGCGAGAGUUGGAAAAGGAACAGAGGCAGCGAGAGUUGGAGAGGGAGAAUGAAUCUGAAAAGGAAAAGCAUAGACAAUUAGAGUUGAAGAGGCAGAUGUUGGAGAGGAAGAAGGUUGAAGAGUUGGAGAUGAUAAAGGAAAUGGAGAAGCGACAACUGUUAGAAUUUGAAAAACAGAAGCAGGCCGAGAGAGAGGCAGAACAGCUUCUGGAGCUUGAAAAGCAGAGACUGAGGGAGAAGAAGGAGAUUGAUCAGCAGAAGAUGAGACAGCAAGCCAUACAACAAGAGGUUGAGAGACAGAAGGAGUUGGAGAGAGAAAGGCAGUGUGAUCUGGAAAUACAAAAGCAGAGAGAGUUGGAGAGGCUGAGACAGAAACAGUUGGACUUUGAGAGACAGGAGAUGGAAAACCAGAGGGAGAGAAAGGCACAGGUUGAGAGGGAGAGGCAGACUGAGAUGGAAAACCAGAGGGAGAGAAAGGCACAGGUUGAGAGGGAGAGGCAGACUGAGAUGGAAAACCAGAGGGAGAGAAAGGCACAGGUUGAGAGGGAGACGCAGACUGACAUAGAGGAGCGGGAGAAGAUGAGACAGGUUGCCAGACAACAAGAGGCGGAGAGACCGAGAAUCCUGAGGAGACAGAACCAGGAGAGACUGGACGCCUACCCUCUCAGACCUAAAGUGUUGGAUGUAGACUCUGUCUCUCUGAGUGAGCAGCACUCCAGAGGCAGUCCUAGGUCCCCCGGAGCCAGGUGGAAGCAGCCCUCUGCCUGGGCUGACAACCACUACAAGCCUGGCAUCUUGGACUCAGUCAGGCCCCAGCCUUCACCCAGCAGGGAGGUGUUCCCUGUCGCUGGCUUCCUGGGCUUUGACCCUGCCAGUGGGGACCGAUCCCAGCUGCAAACCCCAGAGAUGGAAGGGACGAGUAGGAUGGCUCCUGAGGGCACUGUGGGGCGUUCCAGGUCGGUGUGGGCCCCCUCUCAGCAGGAGCUUUGGGACCAGAGGCUAGGUGGGGUAUCAGUGGAUAGGCCCAUGGCAGGACCAGAGCCACCCAGGAAACCGGCCAAUAAACCCAGCCUGGAGCAGAUCCUCCGUAGGCAGGACAGGGCCACGGCCCCUAUCCUGGUCCCAGAGAGACCUUGCUCUGAUGUUCCCAGUGAACCAUUGUUCCCCAGGAGAGAGCCCCACAGCCCUGGGUCCCCCAUGGAACAAACCUGGUUCCUCCAGGACCCUGAGCCUCAGGGCCACAAGGUAGCAGCCAGAGGACAGAGGAGAUCUCAGGGCUCCCAGGAGCUGAACCGGAUGAGGUCCCGCAGUGUGUCCCGUCGGUCGGCCCCAGCUGAGAGUGCUGUGGAGGGGAGCCUGUCCAGGGUGAGGAGCCGGAGUGCCCAUAGAGAGAGGGACCCACAUAGUUGGGAGCAGUUGAAGCAGAGCGUGAGGGGUGAGGAGGAGGAUGGGAGAGACGGAGACGCUCUGGUCCAGGAGACCGACAGCCAGUACGGGACCUGGGAGACAGGACUGCACACUGAACACAGCCUGACUCCUGCCACGCCCACCUCAGACAGCAACCUCAGUCCGUCGCCUAGGAAACUCACUCCGCCCCACACGCCUGGGGAAUACGCCCUGUCCAGUGACUUGGACACCCCAGAUGGCUUUUCCCCCUCAGGCCAGGCCGAGAUACAACCCCUCCACUUCCCUGAGGCCCCUGUCUCCCUGCUGGACACCAGUGCUCUGCGCUCCAGGGUGCAGUUGAGUAAGUUGCGGGGGCCACGGUCACGGCCCACCCGAGCCGCUCGUCAGACGGCUGCUCUGUCUGUACACCCAGAGGGCCAGGCCACGCCUACUGAGGACUGGCGCUGCCGUGACUCCACAGAGGACAAAGUAGAAUCUUCUAAGGAGGACUCUGACUCUGAGGAGCAGGCUAGAGGAGCAGAUCCUCGCCUCGCUGCUGCCUCAUCCCAGCCCCAGAGAGUGGCCCUCUUCCCUGGCAUGGAUCCCUCGGCUCUGAAGGCCCAGCUUAAGAAGAGAGGUGACUCUGACAAUCAGACAGAUGGGCCCGCCCCCUCUCCUUCCCUGCUGUCCCGAUCUCCUAAAUCCCCCUUCCUACCCCGGGCCUGCCGCGUGCUCCCCCCAACCGGGGGAAGAGAAAACGGGGAGGAGGCCUCACCACAGUGGCUGAGGGAGCUGAAAUCAAAGAAGCGACUGAGUCAGUAUGAAAAUGACAGUUAAGUUUAAAUGAGCAGGUUGCCUUAAAAUGGAAGAAUCUGGUGGAGAAUCGGAGACAGAAGCCUUAACCUUUGACCCUGAGAAGAUGGGAACUGCUGCUGCUGACAUUGUAAUUUUGUCAUCUAUUGUUUGUCAUCUGUUUUAUUUUCUCUGUUCUCUUCCUGCCUGUGUGGCAUACUUGUGCAUGGUGCCUUUUACAGAUAAUUGUUUCAUCUUAUGGAUGAAGCAAGGGGGAUUAAAUGGGGCUUCUCGGCUGGGUGUGCCCAUUUCACUGCUAGCUGCUCCCCCUCCCCUGCGCCAGGUGGAUCAUGUGACUUCACCCUGUCAUGUGACACGGGACACUACAGACGAGGGGAACCCAUUGUUUCCUGACAGGUCCCAUAUCAGGAAUGGUUAACUUGUGGGACCACAUGCCUCUUAACCUGGAAGUGCUUCAAUAAGUUGAUGGACAGUCACCUCCACAAUCUAUAUCUUUUAUUUGUUUUUCUUUUUAAUAUUUCAGGUUAGUCUGUGCGUUUACACAAUUGUCAGUGUGUCUGUCAGAGAGUGGGUGUUGGUCACACAAGCCUUGCCAUAGGAUAACACUUCCGAUGUCAUCUAUUGGAACUGAUCAUAACGAACAAAACCCUGCUGAACUAACGGUCAGCUGGGUUGUAUAUUGUGUUAGUACUGAAGAUGGUAUGUAUCUGUAAUCAUGAGACGUUGUAUCAUAUUGUUGCUCAUUUGAAAAAUGAAUCAUAACAUGUCAAAGAGUGCUAGUUUUGUACGGAGAGCAUUUAAAGCAUCACAGCAGCCGUGGCUGCCUAGUCCCCUCCUGAUCCACUAAGUGACUGUGGUCACAAACUAACGGAGAAGCUGCUUUGUAGACACAGUGUGAUGUCUUUAAACGGUGGUAAAGAGGAAUGCUUUGGGUUCACUGUCUGUUUGGUCAUUAUGUCCAGACCCAUAUCUGUGUGUUGUGGUGGGAAGGGGGCGGGGUUUCGUCACAUGGACCUCAAUCACGUACAAGCAUUCAUCAGCCUGACCUUCCUACCUUCCACUUGCCUCUUCCUUCUGUGUGAUAUGAAAUUACUAGGUGUGUAAUACUAAUGUAUGAGUGAGUAAGCUUCAGAAGAAAAUGUUCUGUGCUACCCAUGAGCCAUUCGUUCAUGUCCAACCCCUGGCUCCUGUCUGCAACAUUUAGCAACCUCACAUGCAAUUAAAAAAAAAAAAAAAAUUACGGAAAAGGGUGUGCAUGCACAAUCUCUGCUCCUUUCCCAUCAUGCCUCGCUCAAGACACUACAUGAAGGGCCACACCAAGUAGCUGUGGGUACAAUCGCACAUCCUGGAUAUUAACGGUCAGGGAUUCGUGGCUGUACGGUGGAACGGUGGGAGGGCUGCUGACACUACUCCUGUGGGGAAUGGGAGUGAAAGAGAUUGUUUGGAGGUGAGGGUGUUAUUCGACCCCUGUUUUGUUUUGCUGCACACAACUAUUUGCACCAGUAUUCUUCGAGCUCAGAGCUGACUUGGGCCAUUCCCCCGAUCAUGUUCGUUACGCUCCAUUGUUCCACUGCAUCCCUUUUGCCCUUUGUUAUUUGACGCCCCCCCCCAGCGCUGACCUGGACCCUGGUCGCAUCGUGUUCCACCCUCCACAUUUUCAUGGCUGGUGUUGGAAUGCUUAGUGAAUGUGCUGUUUGAGUCUUUGUUGUCGUCGUUCUUAAGGUGUCUGUCCAUGGUUUGACUUUGUCACGACGUCUGUCAGUUUAAGGGUUUAUUUUUAUCUCCAUUUCUCGUAUAUUUUUUUUAUUUUAAUUUGAAGUAAAGUAUGUAUAUUGCACUGUUGUAAAGCCAGUGUCCAAAAGUAUGAAAUCUUAAUAAAAAUGUACUGUGUUUAGCUA